CACCUUCGCCUCCUACCCUCAUCAUAAGAGCGCGCCUUUAGCGCCAUGCCCUUUCGUGCUCGCAAUGCCUACUACCUCAAGAUAUCAGAGAGGAACGUGCUACCGCUCUAUGUCUAUCUCGAUGAGCGCCAUCUUGACUGGAUGAACGACCAAAUAUUGCAACAUGUGUUGGCGGAUCUGCGACCUCACAUCGUCCCAAAGCUUCGAGCUGAAGCAGAUGCGACCCAGUCAGCGGCGGGAGCCAAGAAGCUGACCGUUGAUACCCAUCGUGGCGACUCCUACCAGUUUGCGUACUUCUUGCGCAAGACACAUCCUCACUCUGUUCUCGUCAAGACCCGCCACUUCGUCGCUGCCCCACCCGUGAAACGUACCGCACCUGCCUCUGCGCCUCCACCGACUACUCAAUCUACCUCCAAGCGCAAAGCUCGACCGAAAGCAGCACCCGCGCCCAAACGGCAGAAGACGAAGGGGAAGGCUCGCGCUGACGAAGACGAGGAGCUUGCUGUCACUUCAGACGAAGAAGCUGAGGAUGAGGGUGCACCAAUGCCAGCUGCUCCGCGGCGCUCGCUACGGGCAAGGAAACCCGCACUUGGGUUGUACGCCGAAGACGCGGAAGACGAGGACAUGGAAGAGGACGUCAAGCCGCCACCUGCCGCCGAACCGCCAAAUCCAGAAACAGAAGAACCCCCGCAAGAGGACGUCGAGAUGAGUGAACCGUCACCCUCCCCGCCACCACCUCCACAGCCCUCCGCCUUCGACCUCGCCGCGGACGAGGAGGAAGAAAAACCCAAACCACUGCUCCAACUUCGCUAUCAAGGCUUCAGCAUCUACGGUCACUGCCUCUGUGUCGUCGUCGAACCCUGGCCGCCGAUGAGGGGCGCUUCCCUCGCUCCGGGCUCGCGCGCGGGCUCUGUCGCACCUUCGAGGUCCGGGUCGCUGGCGCCGUUCCAUCAGGAGACGAGUGUGCAGCCGCCAGGGACGCAGCGAGCGCGGACGCCGCUGUUCUUACCGGACCCGGAUGAGAGGCGGAGUCUUACUCCUGGUCCGCGAGGGCUGACACCAGCGCCGCUGAACGCGCGCGAUGGGAGUGCUGCACCUGCGACGUCGCGGGAUGGUAGUGUUGUGCCUUCCGGACGCAACCUGCCUCCGGUACCCCUCUUCGGUGAUUCGAAUCAGGAGCCGCUUUUCCUGCUCGGGGAUGAAGACGAGGACGCCAACGUGGAUGAAGACGGAAGUGGCAUGAUGGCGCUCAGUCAGGCGCUGCAUGCCGCGGGCGACCUACAUGGCACGGCGGCGGAGGACGAUGAAGAUAUGGACGGUUCCAUCUUCUUCGGCGACGCAGACGAGGUGCGGGAGCUUUGAGUAUCAUUAUGCUCUAUCUACAAUACCGCGAAUCCAACGCUUGGGCCCACAAAA